CAUCAACAACAUCAUCAUCGCCGUUGAUUGUCUCGUGAUGAUGAUGAUGACAAAGAGCGUCAUGUGGGGGUGUUGGGCGUGCGUUGUGGUGGUGGUGGCAGGGAUGGUGACGGUGGUGAGUGGUGGUGUGGCAGAGUCGAAGCAGCAGCGACCAAACAUUGUGCUCAUCCUGGCAGAUGACCUUGGCAUUGGAGACGUGGGCGUCUAUCCCAACCCGCAGCCAAAAGCAAAGAGAUUAAAGACGCCGAACAUCGACAUGCUGGCGGAACAAGGCAUGACCUUCACAGACGCGUACACCGGGUACAGCGUGUCUGCGCCGUCGAGGUGGUCGCUCAUGACGGGUUACCACACGGGCCACAAGGAGGUGUCGAGCGAGGCGCGCCUGCUGGGCAACAGCUCCAUCACUGUGGCGCACGUGCUGCGCGAGGCCGGCUACGCGACCGCCGCCAUUGGCAAGUGGGGCCUUGACGGCAACCCGCUACUGCCGCACCCCAUUGGGGACGGGUUCCCCACGCGCCAGGGGUUCGACAUGUACUAUGGCCAGAGCAGCGAGAUUGAGUGCUACAACUACUACCCUGCGUGGAUGUACGACUCUGAGCACAACGUGACCAUCCAGGCCAACCGAAACGCUACGCCGCAGGCGUGCGGCCACGACUAUGCGCAGUGCUCCUGGUCGGGCGACCUGUGGACGCAGAGGGCGGUCGACUACAUCACCCAGCAGGCAACCAGCCAGCACAGCCAGAAAGACCAGCGCGAUGGAGAGACAGCGAUACACACGUGUGAUGGUGCCACUCAGCACUGGUCUGCAACGACGGCAGCAUAUGUGCCCGGGCCGCCAUAA